GGCUAGCGCGCGGGGCCGGGCACCCGGGGGCGAUCUCGCGCCGAGGACUCGCGGGGGCGUCCGGGGCCCACGAGGCAGUGCCCGGAACCCAGAGUCCACGGCUGUCGGUGUGGCUGGGAACACCGCGGCGACACCGGGUGCUCGGGUGUCCCCUACAGGGCAGCCCCCGACUGGGGCCGCUUCCUGGGAGCCCUGCUCCCCAGUGGGGUAACCGAGGCCGAGCAGCCGGGUCACCCUGACGUUCCUCUCCCAGGGUGGUGGAGAACUGGGAGGAUCCGGAGGACCAGUCGUCUCCUUCCUUUCCACCUUCUCAGUGCCACGGCCGGAGUUAGAGGCCUGCCUCCUCCGUAAAGUGCCAGCUUGUGGCAAGUCCUGCGCCCAGCCAAGAAGUUGUCACCACAGGUUGGAGCUCAGUGGUUGGACUGGCUCCACCACGCCAACAUGGUGGACAUGGAAAGCCCCCUGUGUCCCCUGUCCCCCUUGGAGGCUGAAGACCUGGAGAGCCCACUGUCCGAGUACUUCCUCCAAGAAAUGGGAGCCAUCCAGGACAUUCCGCAGUCCCUCAGCGAGGACAGCUCCGGGAGCUUCGGUUUCGCGGAAUACCAGUAUUUAGGAAGCGGGCCCGGCUCCGAUGGAUCGGUCAUCACGGACACCCUGUCACCGGCUUCCAGUCCCUGCUCUAUCAGUUACCCCGUGGUCCCGGGCGGUGUGGACGAGCCUCCCAGUGGCGCCCUGAACAUUGAGUGCAGGAUCUGUGGGGACAAGGCCUCGGGCUACCACUACGGGGUCCACGCGUGUGAAGGCUGCAAGGGCUUCUUCCGGAGGACCAUCCGGCUGAAGCUGGUGUACGACAAGUGUGACCGCAGCUGCAAGAUCCAGAAAAAGAACCGGAACAAGUGCCAGUACUGCCGCUUCCACAAGUGCCUGUCUGUCGGGAUGUCCCACAACGCAAUUCGCUUCGGACGGAUGCCAAGGUCAGAGAAGGCAAAACUGAAAGCAGAAAUCCUCACGUGCGACCAGGAUGCCCAGGACUCCGAGACCGCUGACCUCAAGUCCCUGGCCAAGAGGAUCUACGAGGCCUACCUGAAGAACUUCACCAUGAGCAAGGUCAAAGCCCGCAUCAUCCUCGCGGGGAAGACCAGCAGCAACCCGCCUUUUGUCAUCCACGACAUGGAGACGUUGUGUAUGGCCGAGAAGACGCUGGUGGCCAAGAUGGUGGCCAACGGCAUCCAAAACAAGGAGGCCGAGGUCCGCAUCUUCCACUGCUGCCAGUGCAUGUCGGUGGAGACGGUCACCAACCUCACGGAGUUCGCCAAGGCCAUCCCGGGCUUCGCCAGCCUGGACCUGAACGACCAGGUCACCCUGCUGAAGUACGGCGUGUACGAGGCCAUCUUCACGAUGCUGUCCUCCAUGAUGAACAAGGACGGGAUGCUGGUGGCCUCCGGAAACGGCUUCAUAACCCGAGAGUUCCUCAAAAACCUCCGGAAACCCUUCUGUGAUAUCCUGGAAUCGAAGUUCGACUUCGCCAUGAAGUUCAACGCCCUGGAGCUGGACGACAGCGACAUUGCCCUUUUCGUGGCUGCUAUCAUUUGCUGCGGAGAUCGGCCCGGCCUCCUAAACAUAAACUACAUUGAGAAAAUGCAGGAGGGCAUUGUGCAAGUGCUCAAGCUCCACUUGGAAAGCAACCAUCCCGACGACACCUUCCUCUUCCCCAAACUCCUCCAGAAGCUGGCGGACCUGCGGCAGCUGGUGACGGAGCACGCACAGCUGGUGCAGGUCAUCAAGACGGAAUCAGACGCCUCGCUGCACCCGCUGCUGCAGGAGAUCUACAAGGACAUGUACUGAGACUGGCAGCGUGCGACAGCAGCCGCCCUGCAGGGGCGCCGAACGCCGGUGCCACUGCAGAGGAGAGACGGGAGCAGCUCAAAUCUGCACCCUUUGACCUUGGAGACGGGAAACUUGUCCUGCGGCAGCCCUCACGGCAGCCAGCACUUAGAGCGCACUUGCUACUCGAGCGCUGCUGCUCAGGACCCAGGAAAUGAAGGACAAUCGUGAGCCACGGUCUGAUUCUAACUCGCCCCAUGUAAUCAGUGCACGUUCGUUAUAUCACGUGCGUGAUUUGCCAUUUAAUUAACGGGUAACCUCGAGAUACGUGGUCUGUUCCCUCCCGACCACCCCUUCUACUGUUGUGCUCCCUCCUGAUGCGGAAAACUAAUCAGCACUUUUUAACAACUGUUGUAAUCCUGUAAAUCUAGAUGUAGCCAAAGGUUAGGUAUUUAAAAUGCAGCAGAAUAUUUAUUUGGAUGAUAUCAGUCCUGUUUCCUGAAUCUGAAGAAACAGCAGGCUGCUUUUUAAUCGUAAGAUGGAGAAUUUUCCAGAACAGUUUGAUAAGCUAUGAACAUGCAGCCGUCACGGUGUCCUUUUCAGUUCGUGGUUUUCGUGGUCCCAGGUAGUUUGUGGCGAAGCCCAUUUCCAGGCUCACGUGGAAGAUCCCAGGAAACUGGGUCCCAAGCGCCUCUGGGUUGUAAGCUGUGACCGGGGUAAGCAGAAUUGGAUGAAGCCUUCCCUCCUGCUUACUUCUGUUCCUCUCAAGCCGGAAGCAACUCAGCCAGGCUGUCUGCAGGCGUGGUAGUGAUCCUAGGGCCAAGCAGAAAUGAUGUCUCAGUGUUCCUCUGGGCCUCCUUCGGCAGCUCCUUUAUCUUUUCCUGUGUUGCCUUUUAAAACGUGACGCUUUAUUGUUGUAACUCUUGGUGGUGGUGGUGGUCAGCGCUCCUGGACAGGGAGACCACCUGUGCAGCUUUACCGCCCAGGCCAGCAGGGAUGGUCACCCAGAAAACGAGAGGGGCGCUGGAUCCUCCACCAGGCAGUUGUGCCUAUGCUCAGAUUUCUCCACAGCUGGCUUUGUCUUUUUUUACAAAGAUACAGUUGAGGGGCUGGGGAUUUAGCUCAGUGGCACAGCGCCUGCCUGGCAAGCACAAGGUCAUGAGUUCGAUUCCCGGUACCGGAAAAAACCAAAAAAAAAAAAAGAUAUAGUUAAGUCUGUGUUUCCCACUGUAUACAUAAGGUAGGGUUUUGUUUUCUGCUUUUUUUUUUUUUCCAACAUCUGAAAUAGUUUUAGCCUUAAAGAUCAACUUCCCAACCUCAGUCCAUUGUUGAUUACAGUGAUUGGUCUAGAACCUGUGGACCUAGAGAUGUUCUUUCUGUCUACCUGGUGGAUAAAUUGUCAUAUAAGAAUGACUUCAGCAGUGCCCUCCCACCUACCAGGUGGUCUGAUCUGCAAGUGUCUCUGCCACCAUUCAGGGCACUGGGCACUUAGGUCCUGAUUGUCUCUGGUGCCCUUCCUUCUUUCCUUCCUUCCCCCCUUCCUUCCUCCCCCUCUUCCCUCCCUCCCUCCUUCCUUCCUUCCUUCCUUCCUUCCUUCCUUCCUUCCUUCCUUCCUUCCUUCCAGAUCCAAAGGACCUAUUCAGAUGCAGCAAGCAGCUGUCCAAGUGCCGUAGGACCCCAAAGCAGAGGAGACUCUUUCCUAUCGGCUCCCUGUCACAGUGAACCCCUACAAGGCCAAGCCAGCCUGAGUCCCUUCCCCACCGCCCACUCCCCACACCUAGGAGUCCCCAGGGCUGUGGCCAUCCAAGUCCAGGGUCCAGCGCCCAGUCUAUCUUGCCCCCCUCCAGCUCUGACGUGCACUAGACAAAUGCCACUCAGAUACACAGUGCCUGGGGAGGGAGCUGCCAGACCCAGCCUGCCAGGAAUGUCAUCAUCACCCCAUUUAAGGAUUCGUAAUGUGCAUGCACAGCAGCCCCUCCCAUUGCGCUCUCCGUGGUGACAGCCAAACUGACCGGCGAGCCCAGCAUUCGUCUACCCAGUGCUCAGCAUGUGUGAACUCGAUUCUCUUAGAGUCUCGUGAGACUAUCGGUGAUGUCCAAAGGAAGCCAGGAAGUCCUCGGACAGCGUUCUCUUGUUAGGAAGGAAAACUCCGAGUCUCAGCAUCCGAGCAUCAAGGGCGCUCCCGGCCACUCCGUGCUAGAAUACUGAGUCACCUCCUCAGAGAUUCUCAGGGCGUCAGUACUACUGGAGCGCAUCUGAGUUUGCCAGGAGUCGCCAGGCAGCAGCGAGAAGCACAGGAGGCGUGGCAGCUGGCACAGAGGUCUGUACCACACGCGGAGCCCCGUCCUCCGGCAGUGAGUGCAGGACGCUGCCGGCUCCGCCAGGCUCUUCCUCCCCACCUUUCACUACCAAGAAGUGCUGGGCCCAGCCCGCCCGCUGGCCUUGGUGUCCCAUGCUGGAGCGAUGACGUGCAGUGAGAUGACCCCUUCUAUGGCAGCCGACGCAGGCUCAGGGGGUCCUCUCUAUCGUCCACUGUGAGCCUUACUGCUGCCCCUCUCUGGGCACCAUGGUCCAGGCACCGCGGGAGGUGAGAGCAAAGUGCAUAGAUGUCACAGCAGGACGCUGCCAGUUACAUCAGCGGGGCCUCCUUGCUGCUGGUCUCCCCUGGACCUUCCCCAGCUCACUGAUGAGAUCGAAGCCGCCUCCCAAGGGGGCGCGCCCACCCGUCUGUGACUAAUGGGAGUAGAGAGAAAGCCAGGACCACGAUGUGAGCACAUCUGAGAACGCCAAGAGAGCUGGCCUGUUCUGAAGGAAUUCUUUUCACCCUCAGAGACCCCAAAGGACCAAACCACUUUGGGCACUGCGGUGGAGGGUCCAGGGAGGGCGCAGGAGCCCCAAAGAGAGCAGGACCCCCAGGCACAAGCAGGCUAUUUGGCUGAUGACAAGCGAACUUUAAUUUAGCAGCUACUUUCCUCCCAGUGUACGUCAGUCAGCACUACAAAGGCACUGUUAGAACAAAGGCAUGCAGAAAGCUCCACCCAGCCUUCGAGGUGUCCCUGCAGUCACCUUAGGGACACGGGAUGCUCACGAGCGUCUGAUUCGCAGCAGGCGGGCAAUGGUGGGCCCUACGACUUUCCAAAGGACCCCUGCUGUGUAAAGGGAGCCCUUUGCUUAAAAGCCCAGCCCCAGGAGAGGUCCUACCAGUGCUGGAACGCAACCCUCACAGAAUGGCCCACCUUGGGCCCUCUGCCCACCGCCCACUGUACCGAGCUGGUGGCCUCAGCGUGUCCCGCCUCGAGCCCCCUUUCACACCAAGGACACCAGCCCUGUUGGACACUUAGCAUCCGCACACAGGACAGAGGGGGUUUUGUCCAACCUGGGGCGUCACACAUCUUGGAACAACCUGUUGAACCUCAGGUUACAGAUGUUACAACCUGUGCGUCUGUGGCCCCAGUGGACACUGGCCUUUUGUGGUGCCUUCGACCCAAGUGGCCUUUCACACUGUGGGCCCCAGGCACGUGUCCCACAGCUUAGCACCUAGCCUGAGCACCCCAUCUGAAACGGACACACCCAGCCUGGGCAUGGAGGGCCUACCUGGCGUUGCCUGUCCACCUCACCGCCUCUCUGAUCUUCCUGGGACAGCGGGACAGCCGACCCCCAGCCAUCCGUGCAGCCGGUGCCCGUCACCUGCAGUCAGUGCGGUGCUCCUGCAGAACGAUUUCUUCAAAGACGUCCCAGUCCAGUGCUCUGGGAAACAGGCGGGCCCGGGCAACUUAGACACUUAACAAGAUCCUGUCUGAGUUAGUUUUCUUUUUAAAAAGGGCCGGCGAUGCAGCUCAGUGCGAAGGCUCUCAUUCAGUCCCGGGUCGCAAAAAAAAUUUCCUCUGUUCAGAGCAGUGGUGUGGACUCUGGUAAGACACUAGUCACAAAUCAAAACCAAUGCCACCCAGGGAGGGAUUUCGGGGUGGAAAGUAUCCAGGGACUGUUUCAAUGCAUUGCCGGGCCUGGGGAAGGACCGAGUCCGCCUGUGCGCCUUCCUGUGGACCGCAGAGGUGGAGGCCGCCAGACAAGCCGUCCUCAGACGGCGCCUUCCGGAAGUGAAGGUCCACGAACACCUGCCACAGGAAUCGCCGAGGAUCUGGGCUCCGAGGGGCUGAAGGAACAAACGGGAUGAAUCAGCACCGAUGCCGCCGCGUCCGCUGUGCUGGUGCAGCUGAGGGACGGCUCACACGGGGGCCUGUCAUCGCCACCCCAUCUCAGGCCGCCUUUCCGGGGCUGAAAGGCCGCUGCCUGUGGAGACCUGAGCAUGAACCCUCAUGGAGGAUUUUUUUUUUGUACCGGGAAUCGAACUCAGGAUCUUGCACUUGCCAGGCCGGCACUUGUGCCGCUGAGCCCGGCCCCCACGGAGGAUUUGCUGGGAUGUCUAAAUAUAUAUUUUGGUGCCAAUUGAAUGAGACUCAAAAAUGGUCAUCAGCCCCCAGCUGGCAAAACAGUUAACAACCAGAGCAAUAAUUUGGCCAGACUCAGAACAUAGGGGACCAUGAUCUCUCUUUAAAACCCACAACCAUACUAAAAUACAAAAUUGGAAGCUUUGUUAAAAAAAAAAAAAAAAAAAUAGGCAAUCGGCCUUCCUCCGGCUUCGGUUUAAAUAACUACACAGUGGUCUCCAUCACGCCCCUCAGGCGGGGCCAGCAGGCUCUUAAACUGUGCCUCAGCGGGUAGGCUGCAGGACGUGCACCCCACACCCUGCCUGUUGCACCCUGGUGCCCGAAAUGGCUUCACAGAGUUCGGAACUGCUGUCUGGUGAGCCUGGCUUCUCAGGACUUGAUGACUUCUUGCAAUUUCAGGAGACGUGAGAAACGGUGUCGGCUGCUCCUGUCCCCCACGAGAGCACCCCCUUAGCGCGGGAGGAGGGGCCAGCUGACCAGGUCCUGGGCACAUGGCCCUAUCUGUCCAGAACAGACCCACUGGUUCCGUUCGGUGUUGGUCCCGAAGAACCAACCGACAAAGCCAAGUACUUCAAGGGCCCCUGGCUGUUAAACCCAUUGUUUGCUAAAAGAAGUAUGAAAAAAAUUUUCCAGUUUGAGUCAGAAGUGAAAGUCCUCCGUGUUCUUCUCUAGAGAAGGGAAUAUACUGGCCACUUCCUCUCUUGCCCUCCGUUUCCCCUACCCAACAUCAAAUACUCCUUCAUCCAGUGCGCUGAUGGCGAAUUGCACAGGCUGGCGCACAGCAAGCUCUGGCAGGAGCUGCACCUCCCAGCAAAAGCUGGGGGGGCACUUGGGCCUCCGAGGUGCCUGGCCUGCAGCGGGUGCUCGGAGGGAGGGCGUGCUUCCUCCCGGUCUCUGCCCGAGUUCGGUGAGGCCGGGCUGCAGGCCCUGAGGAUCAAUGCAUGACUGAUUCUUUCCUGGUAAAUCAAUCACUUUUGGAAAACUCCCUGUUUUAAAGGCACAGUCAGCUCCUUCUCAGGCCUAAACAAAAUGUACCUCACAACGGAUGCGCACCACGUAGUGCCCUUUCUGUAAGAUCACAGCGUCGCUCCUCUUGCCACUUCUCGGUCUAUGCUGCACAGCAAAAACAAUUCAAUGAACAGCUGUAUCUUUAAUACUGUGAUUUGAGUUUUUAAAAACCAUCCUAACACAAGUAGCCAAUAGGCCAUCAUAACUCAGUGUGAAUGAGAGUAUUUACAAGUCACUGUUCAUUGUGCCUGAAGCCCGGCUCUUGAACCUACCGGAAACAGGAAGCUGAGCUCAGACAAUGGAAACCCAAGUGCAUGUGGGCGCACAGGACCCUGAAGCUGUUCGUUUCUCCUGAGCCAUGCAGAACUUUCUUUGUGUAAACUCCCCCCACCCCACCAUAUGUUAGAUGCAGAAGAUGUGCAUGUCUGUAUUCAUUUCCACCAAGGAGGCCUUCGACCCCAGGGUGGCGGUCACAGACUUCACGCCAGUGUUUUAAUCAAACCACUAGCUGGUCCCGUUUUGUUCAUAGCGUUUGUUCUUCAGGGAAUCAUGACCUGCAUCACCAAAGAACCUUGGCAACGAGAAACGUCCUGGUGGAAAGCAUUUGCAGCCACUGGUUCUCUGGCAGCCCCCAGGUGGCCCGGCCCGAAGCACAGGGCAGAAACUGCAGGGCCCAUGAGUGGCUCUUCUCCCACUUCCGGUGUCUUGGCCAAAUUUCCUUUGGGUGCGUCUUGGUCUUUGUGACACCCUCUGGGAACCACUGUGCCAUUGCACUCAACCCUAGGAGGGGGUCUCAUGGACAUGCACGAGAAGGUGCACGUCUCCAAAGCAGGACUGCGCCAGGUCCCUGCCAUGUGCCAGGGUACUAUUCUUAGGUGCCUUAUGCUGAGUCCCGAGGAGCUGGGGGCCCUGGUUCCCUCAGCAUGUGGGGCAGUUUCAACUAGGACCGGAGAGGCUUCACCAGCGUCCUCUCUAACCUGACAGCCUCCGGGGGACCGGGCUGUCCAGGACCUCAGGAAUCCAGGGUGCACACAGGACGGCAAAUGUAAUUUCUCUGGUAACAUUAACAGAUCAGUUCCAAGCAAUUAGAAAAUGGCUGUAACAUAACCUUAAUUUUAAAAAAAUCUUGGGUCAUCUUUAUUUCCCUGUUAGGAGACUGAACUGACCAUAUGUAUUGAUUUCUAUCCUGAAUUUAUGGGAAUUUGUAUGUUUGGAAUGACGUACUGUAAGACUGGUGAAUGUAAAGAGUUAAUUUCAGGGUACAGUUUUGCCUUAAUUGGUUUUAAAAAUUAAACUAUUUUUUAAAAUUA